AAAUAUCUAUCAUCCUCUUCUUUUCACAUACUAAAAACGAAAUAAAGAAAACUGCAAAUUCAGAAGAUUUUCUUUUGAUAUAACUUCUCGGAACCAAAUAAAUCAUUGAGUAUCGGGCGAAUUAUUUUCCUCUUUGGGCUCGGAUCCAACUCCAAGGUUCUUGGAACCAGAAGCGACAAGCUGUCUUCUCACAAUCAAACAAAUUCCCAUUUCUUGAAAAAUUUCACUCCCAUCACCAACCCAAUCGAACAAUCCGCAGAUUCAGGCACGGGAGUCCAAAAAUUUCGUAAGGGAUUUGAUCUUUUCGUUUUGGUCGAAUUCUCUCGGCAAUCAAGCAGGCAUAGCUUAGAAGUAACAAGUACUCGUUGUUAUUUUGGGAGAUAAAUGGAUAUUGAUGAGAUUAUUGGCGAUACUACCCGCCCUGUGAAUCUCCCAACAAAGAGUGCAAUAUAUGUGUGGGGAUAUAAUCAGAGUGGGCAAACAGGUAGAAAGGGAAAGGAGCACCAACUGCGGAUACCCAAGCAGCUUCCUCCAGAGCUAUUUGGGUGCCCGGCGGGAGCUAACUCACGCUGGCUAGAUAUCGCCUGUGGCCGUGAGCAUACUGCAGCUGUAGCCUCAGAUGGGUCACUCUUUACCUGGGGUGCUAAUGAAUUUGGUCAGCUGGGAGAUGGAACUGAGAUGGGUAGGAAACACCCAAAAAAACUAAAACAAUUGCAGACAGAAUUUGUGAAAUCUGUAUCUUGUGGAGCACAUUGUACUGCUGCUAUUGCAGAACCCCGUGAAAAUGAUGGAACCAUCUCGAAAAGCAGACUCUGGGUUUGGGGCCAAAAUCAGGGCUCAAAUUUACCACGUUUAUUUUGGGGGGCAUUUUCUCCAAACACGAUCAUCCGUCAAGUGUCCUGUGGAGCUGUUCAUGUUGUGGCUUUAUCAGAUGAAGGCCUCUUACAAGCUUGGGGCUACAAUGAAUAUGGUCAACUGGGAAGAGGUGUUACUUGUGAAGGAUUACAGGGGCCUUGUGUUAUAAGUGCUUAUGCAAAAUUCCUUGAUGAAGCCCCUGAACUUGUGAAGAUUAUUCAAGUGUCAUGCGGGGAGUACCACACAGCAGCGAUAUCUGAGAAUGGGGAGGUCUAUACUUGGGGGCUAGGAAAUAUGGGCCAACUAGGUCACUGUGCCCUUCAAUCUGGGGAUAAAGAAUUACUGCCCAGGCGAGUGGUUGCGCUUGAUGGAGUCUCCAUAAAGGAUAUCGCAUGUGGUGGCGUGCAUACUUGUGCUCUGACUUUAAAGGGUGCUCUUUAUGCUUGGGGUGGUGGUCAAGCUGGGCAAUUAGGCCUGGGCCCACAAUCUGGCUUCUUUUCAUGCAUUCCCAAUGGAACUGAUACAUUUUUCCGCAAUAUCCCUGUUUUGGUUGUCCCAACUGGUGCCCAACUUGUUGCUUGUGGACACUCUCACACGCUCAUUUGUUUGCGAGAUGGAAGAAUUCAUGGAUGGGGUUACAAUAACUAUGGCCAAGCUGCCAAUGAGAAAUCUACAUAUGCUUGGUAUCCAUCACCAGUUGAUUGGUGUGUUGGGGAAGUGCGGAAACUAGCAGCCGGUGGUGGUCAUUCUGCUGUAUUGACUGAUGCCUGUUCCCUGAAAGAGUUGUGCGAGUUUAGACUUGCAGAUAACAUUACCCUUUCAAAUGCUUGUGAGAUUGAGGAUGUUGCAUCUCGAACAGGAUCAGAUGCUUUAGCACGACUCUGUGAAAGGUUAAGGGAGCACAUGCUUGAUGGCAGUGACUUUGAACAUGAAGAUGGCAGUGCAAGUGGUGAGAAAAGCUAAAAAAAAAAAGAACUGAGCUUGGCUUUGUGAAGGCUCAUCAUUGGUUCAGUCAAUUCCUUCUCUUGUCUUCUACGACACCAGGUUGAUUAGGAACUAAGAGCAUAGGACUAAGAGCAUAAACGUAGAAAAGAAAGUAUUGUUUGUACAUGGGAGAAAUAUUUUUCUUUGAAUUUGCCUCCAGUUGGUUACAAUUAUGUAAUCAAUCUAGUUAAGUGGGAAUCAGGUACUUCAGCAUUGCAAACACGAACUUGUACUAGAAAACCAUUUAUUAGAUGUUUGUGAAACUUGAAAGUCAGCUGACCGUUUGUUAUUGAAGCUGUUGGAGACUCUGACUUCCAAAAGAUACAACAACAAAAGCCAAACCCCUGGAAAUAAAACAGAGAUUCCUAAUUC